CUUCGACAGUGCUCCGUGCCUGCUCCUUAGAAGGUUUACUGCCUCGAUCUAAAUCUUAGUUGGGGGACUAAGUCUUAGCUGCAUGCGCAGUGACCCUGGACAGGUGAUUCGGUGCCUUAGUGGCUUGGCGGAAUGAUCGCUUAUUCUGCAUGGGUGUCCGUGGGCACAGGAGUUGAGCUGCAGAGAAAACCCCAGGCAGGGUUGCUCUGGUCAUGAGGGAAAAGAUGGAGAUGCCCGUCCGGCCGAAGUAGCUUUUGGCUGAGAGGGUCGGUUGUUAUUCCCGAAUUUAGACCUUGUCAGUUUUACGAUUCUUAUGGAUCUGUAUCUGUAUUCGCUUGAUACCGGCAAUACCAACGUGCGUCCCCUAGCGUCGGAUAAAAACGGCGCAUUGCGAAAAGACUGCAAACUGUACAUCAGGGGUAAGGAAAAACUGCCCGUUGGGAGGCUAUACCGUCGCGAAGGAACUAUAAGCAGCAUAGAGGCACCAUGAGCGGUGCGCUCAGUCCGCCUGAUGAGGCAAUCGUUCGCUACAUCAGAUUCACACUUCCCGAGUCGGACGGAUCAGCAGGAUUCAUCGGUGUCAGUGAGGUUGGGUUGAAUUGGACGACAUCCACGAGGCACCAGGAGGAAAAAACAACAGCAGUCUAUCAUCUACUAACCCUGCUAGUGGGGAACCAAACAAAUCCAAUAAUAGAUGGAUUAUCAUUCCCCUUUUCUCACCGAACGUUUCUAGGUCGAGUGUUCUAUUCCCAUUUCUUCGCGCUUCAGGCGAGGAUGUUCGUUGACUUUCACCGGAUCGGUUAUAGGGAGGCGCAGUGUCAGAUUGUCCAAUCCAUUUCUGGGAUAUCAGUAACAACUGACAGGGAAGCCCACAUGGGACCGGGGACAGGGUAUCAACUACUUUGGAGUCAAGCUACCCCUGGGAUCGGACCUUUUGAGAGUUAACAAAGUCCGAUCGUUAAGUAAUGAUAACCAUGUGAUUAGUGACUUUAAUCUG